GGGAAUGGACAAAUUGCUGACAGUGCUGUAUAAAUUGGAAAAGGAAAGUGUGUGAAAUUAAAGAUUCAAUAUUUUUAUUUUACUUGAAGCCUUUCUCAAUUGCAAUAGCCCAGCAAGAUCAAAUAUACUAUUUAUAAUUUUAUAUUUCUCUCAGAUAACCAAAACCCAGCAGAGGAAGUUCUCUUCUCCUCUCUGGCUUUCCCAAAUUCUAAAGUUGUUGGACUUUCGUCCACGUGGUCCUCGAGGAGAACUGCGAUUAUAAAAUGAACAGAAAUAGAAAAACUGGAAGACGAAGAAGGAAGAAGGACGAAAAUGAUGAUGGGCAUGAUUAUGAAAAUGGGGAAUAUGAAGAAGCAAAAGGAACUAUUGUGGAUUCGGGUUUGAAGCCCACGUUGUGUUUGUGAUAUGUUCCAGCUUGAUAUUUGCCGAAUGCUUGUGGUUCUCAUAAGCUGGCCGAGAAGGAGAAGGAGAAGGAGAAGGAGCAGGAGCAGGAGCAAAUGAAAAUCCCCAGGGGAUUGCUGAGUUAUCUCUGUUAUUUUAUAUUCUUCCUUCCCGUUUUCCUCUUUCUCUUUGUUCUUGGGAUCAUCAAAGGUGCUAUAUUCAGUCCCUUCGUGUUUCUAGUGAUUGCUUUUGGGGAUACAGGGGUGGUUAUUGGGUUAUGGCCUCUUCAUCUUGUUUGGAGUAUCUACUGUAUUAUAAGAACAAAGAAAUUUGGCCCCUAUAUGAAAUGCCUCCUGAUUUUAAUUGCUCCAAUGCCAAUAGCAUUGUGGACGGUGGUAGGAGUUGCAGGGAGUGCUAUAAUGGGUGUAGGAUAUGGCUUUGUUUGGCCUGUUAUGGAAACCUUCAGGGCAAUCAGCAGGGAAGGCAUUCCAAUUCACAAGCGGUUGAUUGGAUGCUUCACGGAUGGCACUUGGAGCUGUGUAUGGGGAGCAUGCACCAUUGUUCGUGAUUUUGCAGAUUUUUCCUUUCAUUCUUAUUUCUCAGUCAUGGAUGGGCUGCUCGAGUCAAGAGGGGAAGAGCCUAUUGAGCUGAAGGUUACACUGUUACCUGGGUGUAUUUUGGCAGCAAUUUUAGGGGUUUUGGUUGAUGUGCCUAUUAUUACUCUGAUAGUUCUGUAUAAAACUCCUAUUUUGCUGUUCAAAGGAUGGCAUCGUUUAAUACAGGACCUUAUUGGGAGAGAGGGCCCAUUCUUGGAAACUGUCUGUGUACCCUUUGCUGGGCUUUGGAUUUUGUUGUGGCCAAUCGCUGUUCUUUUGGCAGCUAUGGUUGGUUUUAUGUCAAGUGCCUUUUUUGGAUGUUAUGCUGCAGUUGUUGCAUAUCAGGAAAAUUCUAUGAAGAAAGGAUUGGUUUAUGUAGUUGCUUCUGCAUCAGUGUUUGAUGAGUACACCAAUGAUUUGCUUUACCUGCGCGAAGGUUCUUGCUUUCCAAGACCAAGACAUCGUGAGCGGGUUGGCUCUAGUUCUUCACUGCUUCCAGUAGAGGGCUUGCACAAACAGCUUGACACUCUUCAUGCCAUGGAACCUCUGAUAAGGACACCCUCUGAUCAGAGGAAUGCACUGAAGACUGCUGUGAUAUGGGAUAGUUUCAUUAAAGCAUUUUCGGAAAUUGGGAAAGAGCUUCUUAGAAAUGGGGCCAUUGGAAUUCUGGACCUGGAUGAUUGGCGGCACUCAAAGAACAAGAUAAUUAACAUUGGGAUUCCUGCGUAUGCAUUUCUUGAGUGCUUUAUCUGCUCUGUCAAAUGUGGUUCCACUGGCUUUCUUAUGCGUGAUAAUGUUGAAAUAACGAGUUUGAAGAGACCAGAAGGAAGAGUUUUUGACUGGCUUUAUGAGCCCAUGUGUAUCAUGAAAGAGCAAAUCAGGAAUCUAAAUUUACUAGAAACUGAAGAAUUGUACUUUUACAAACACUGCCUGUACAGCGGCGAUGCAGCAAGAAUUGAAUCUUGGCAGAAUGGUGGCAUGCCUCCAUUGGAUGAGAUCAGAAGAGCUCAGUUGGAGGGAAUAAGUAGAAGGUUGCAAGGAUUUUGUUUGACACUAUCAAGGCUGCCAACGUCCAGACGUCGAUUCCACGAAGUUCUAAAAGCAAUAGAACAAGAAGCAACGAAGAACUAUACUAGUGUUGGCAGCAGAGAUGAUAUUGAAGUGGAUGUAUAGGACUAUAGGUUCUCUCUGUCUCUGAGGCACACUUGAAAUUAUGUUGGAAUGUGAUUUUCAUCCACUUCCAUAUCCAGCCUCAACUCAUCCUUUCUCAUGUUGAUUGAUAAGUCUUUUCCUUUUCCCUUUUUUCCUGAUUUGGUUGGUUUUUCCCUGUUCCCUGGUUGUUAAAAAUUGGUACUUGCCUUGUAAAUGAACUCGAGCAAUGUUUCCUGACGUCAUAACUGUUAAUAUUUAGGUAUUUAGCAGUCAACUUCAUACUCAUCUGUUAAAUUGAGCCUUUGGGUACCUAGAUAUUUGGAAAUAUAAAUGCAAGGCAGUUAAUAGAUUUUGUAUCUGUUAAGAAAUUUUUAAAA